CCGGGUGAGUCGCUCGUGGUCGCUCGCCAGCAUUGGCCACAGCCACAUGUGUUUCACGGCUCUUCUCGCGUACCCGUUCUCCUGCGGAAAGGGCUCUACCGAAAAUGCGCCGUGUUUACGUAAUCCGCGGUAACGCGAUGCCACGCCGGUACUGGUAGACGCGCGAGGAUCCCAGGGUGAGCCGAGUGUUCGCGAUCAGGUGGGAAUUACGUCGCGUACACGCAACCUAAACGUGCUGGUCGGCGCCGAGAGACGGAAGACCGGACCGGAGACACCGAGGACCCCCGGGUUUGUUCUCUCUCUCGCGAGAGAGAGUGUCGCGUCCGUUUAUCGUCGACGAAUAAUCGCGCGCGUACUCCGAGAAUCUCGCGUAUUCGCCGAACUCCGAGUUCGGGAGGAGAGACGAUACGCGAGUGCCGGGGAGGCUGCGUCUCGCGAAAUCAGUCGAGUCAGCGCGAGAGUUGGCCCAAUCCGUCGAGUACGACGAAUCUCGUCAACGUUUCCACGAGGUAUCGCGAAACGUCGAGAUCGCGACGAGUUCGAGUCCCGCAUCUGCUUUGUUCGAGAGUCGACCGCGUGGACCACGCGCGUCCCUUCGAAGAAAGAAAGAAAGAAAGGGAGAGGGAGAAAGAGAGAGAGAGAGAGCGAGAGAGAGAGAGAGACUGCGUCGGUGACGUCAGAGCUGUCAAAGCGGACAUUGACGUCGCGUUCUCCUCCUGGAGAGCACCCGCGCCGUGCGUGACCGAGUUCCUUUAGCAUGGAGAAGGGUAUGUAAAGUCCGAGGACGCGUGCGAGGUUAGUUUGGUCGUCGCGCGUGAGUACGCGAGUCAUCGUCGACCUUGAGGGGCGAGAAGGCGGCGCGCUUCUUCGGCUACCGCGAGAGCGACGUCUCUACGGCGGCUCGAAGAGAGAGGGCGAUUCCUAGGAGUCUAGGUUGAACGCGCACGGAAGACCUCGUGCACGUAAAACCUCGUGUUUUUGUACCUCGGCAGCGGCGCAAGUACGCCGCAAGAUGGCGGCCAAGCUAGCCAGUAACCAAGGUGGCGCUCGCAGCAACGGCGAGCGCCAGGAGGCGGGGCCCUGUCAGUCCUACGCCAGUGUGUUAAAUCCGAAGAGUGCCUCGCAGACUCGGCCGAGUUCCUUCAAGAGCAACAAUAAGGAGAACAUCGGCGAGCAGGUGACAGUUGCGCAGCAGCAGCAAUCCCAGCAACAGCAGACGCAGCAACAUCAGCAGCAGCAGCAACCGGGAACGACGAUGGUCGAGAGAUUAAUGCCGAGCAUGAUCAAGGACAAGUCGUGCCAGAGGAUGGUGCCCGGCCGGUGUCAGGCGACGCGGACGAUUCAGCCGGCCUCUGACGGGGACAGUGACAGUUCGUUCAAAACGUCAGAGCAUUUCGGCGCCGCGCGUCGUCAGGACGACGCUCGUGGAAGCGACGUCGCUGAUCAUCAGUUGAACAACGGCGACCUCGCCAAUGACGGCGAGUUUCGCACGGUCGCCAACAAAGGCGCCCGCCGCAAGGAGAAGCUGCGCGAGCAGCACCGGGAACCGCACCGGGAGCGUCACCGGCUACGCGAGCAUAACAACCGCCAUCAGCAGCAGCAGCAACCACGUGGUCCCAUUGGCGUAGGGGGCGGGGGCGUCGUCAGACGCGGCGGCAGUGACGAAAGGUCUUCGCACAGAGAGCGCGCCGAGCGCAACAAUGGCGUCGCGGACCCGAAGGAACCUCAUCAGGUUCAUCAUCAUCAUCAUUAUCAUCAUCACCACCAUCACAGGGACGAGCAGAACGUCGAGGUGGAGACCCAGCAGACGCCUUCGCUGCCUCCGCCGCAGGUCAAGUACGUCGAGGCUCCUCUGCCUGCGGUGAACCCCUGGACCAAGAACAGAGCCGCGUCGUCGUCCUCGACGUCGCGCGCCUCCGCGAAUCUGCCAGCGUCCGACCCGUCACCGAACGUCGUCCCCGUGCCCACGACGUCGUCGUCCACGUGCACCGAGAGACAGAAUGAGAGAGAGCGAAGGGUCUUGCAGCCGCACCAGGACACGAUCGAAAAUGGUGUCGGAGAUAGUGCUCAACCCACAAUUGUCAGAGCUUCUAGAGAUAGAAGAAGAUUUAAUCAAAACGCAAGUGAUUUUACGAAUAUUGGAGACUGGCCCACCUUAGGACCGCAAGGAGAGAGAAAAGCAGCCAUAAGCAAUCACUCUCCUUCGAAGCAAAAUGGUGUGGCCAACGAUGAAUCCAGUACUUUUAAAGCAAAUAACAUUGUAGAAAGUAAAGGCAAAGAGAAUAAGGAGCAGAAUCAUUGCCAAGAUGAUAGCGAUGAGCAUACGGAUAAUGGCGAAAAGAAAAAGAAAGCGAAUAAACAAAAAUGGGUUCCACUGGAGAUAGACCUAGCACAAAAUCGUGGGACUAUGCGAUCGCCGAGAUUUCAGAAUCACAGAGAAAGAAACGGCGAAGCAAAUGAUGGGGAGUCCUGGCGCGAAAGAGAUUACGAUAGAUCAUCGGGAUAUAAUCAACGAGGUCGUGGUGGAAGAAGUUAUAGAGGUAGAGGACGAGGCGGGCGUGGCCGUAUUGGUUUUAGACACCGACAGGAUCACGAAUAUACUAAUUAUGCUACAACGGACUAUAUACAGACACAUAAAUAUGAACAUUCAGACGGGUAUAUGAAUAUACCUUAUAUGGGGACUUGUUAUUUUAAUAAUGCCAAUUACGUGGAUGUCUCUACUCUAAAAGAAUGUAUAAGACAACAAAUAGAGUACUAUUUCUGUGAAGAAAAUCUUGUGAAGGACUUCUUUCUUCGUCGUAAAAUGAAUGCUGAAGGAUUUUUGCCUCUCACUUUGAUUGCAUCUUUUCAACGUGUACAAAAUUUAACAGUGGAUAUAGAUUUGGUGAUAACUGCAGUUAUGGAAUCUGAUAAAUUGGAAGUGGUAGAGUUUGAAGAUGGAUACAAGAUUAGGACAAAGCUAGAUCCUUUAAAAUGGCCUAUCUCAGAUAUAGCCAGCAAUGUGGUCAUCUCGAAUCUUUCCGAAGAAGAAUCCAUCGCAUCUCAAAACGAAGUAAUACAACCUACCUCUGAAACUACAUUUUGUCCUGUUGCAAAGCCUUUACUCGCGAUACCUAUUCCCGCAGUUCCUCGUAUUUUUGAAUCCUACUAUUCCGUUCCAAUUGCAAAUGAGAUUCUAAAUCCUGAUGUACCAGAGUUUGUACCAAUGGACUUGACGGAAAGUACUAAUGGAUUUGCUAUCGAUGAAAACGACGAAACAAAGAACGAAAUUCAAUUUGAAAAGAUAAAAGAAGAAAUUUAUGAAUUGACAAAUAGUAGAACAGUACCUCACUUUCCUUUAAAUAAUUCUAUUAUAAUGGACUAUUCAUUGUCAGCUGUGGGAGAUUCUUCUACUUUAGACAGUUUGCCAGAACGAAUGAACGGAGAAUCAGAUACGUCAAGCGACAAUGCUUGGAAAGAGGUAAAACGAAGAGUUAAAGCACAUAAAGAUAGAUCUGAAGAGAAAGAGAAAUUUGAAAAUGCCAGAAGCAAAACACGAGAAGAAUUAAAUUUCCAAUUUGACGAGGAACUUGAUUCACCACCUCCGACUGGUCGACAUAAUGCCUUUUCGGAAUGGUCCGAAGAUGAUGAGGAAUUAUCAGAUACAGAUGUUAAUAAAAUUAUUAUAUUUACACAAAUGAAUCCUCCAUCAUCUAGAAUCCCAAAGCACGAAGGUCACGAUAGAACAGGAGAUUGGAAUACAAGAGCUAGACUGACUCAAGAAUUGGAGCAGUUUAUUAACGAUGGAUUAUAUUAUUACGAGGAAGAAAUAUGGAGGCAAAAUAAUCAAAGGUAUGGUUCAUCUUUGUCCAUUGGAAGCUAUAAAACGAUUAAUGUGAUUAGUCAAGAAGAUUUCGAAAAGAUGACACCAAAAGUUCCAAAAAAAGCGAAUCCGGAAGUUCCACCGCCACCUCCUUCUUGUAUAGAAGACUUAGAAAUUCCGCAAUCAGAUUCUUCAUUACAGGUUUCAAGUAUAAAUACGGAAAAAAAAGAUAAUAGAUCGGACAAGAGUCAUUGGAAUGAAAACCCACAGACGAGAGAAGGACGAAGAGCCGCCGCAUCUCGUUUCUUCGCCGUUGUAAAAGAACCAUCCGUUGAUCCGACGACACCACGAAAACGGAAAACUCGUCACAGCAAUAAUCCUCCAGUAGAACAUCAUGUUGGCUGGAUUAUGGAUGUUCGAGAACAUCAUCCCCCAUCAUCGAGAACACAUUCUGUAGGGAGUAGUGCAGGGACGAGUCCUAACGAAGGCUACCUUGCAAGUAGUUAUGGAAGUGUUGUUACUAUAGGCGAGCAUCCGAGUCACGCUUUGUUGAAAGAUAACGGAUUUACUCAACAAGCGUAUCACAAAUAUCAUUCGCGCUGUCUGAAAGAGCGCAAACGAUUAGGUAUCGGACAAUCACAAGAAAUGAACACUUUGUUCCGUUUCUGGUCAUUCUUUUUGCGAGAUAAUUUCAAUCGUACUAUGUAUGAGGAAUUCAGGACUAUAGCCAAAGAGGAUGCCGAGGCAGGAUACCGAUAUGGAGUGGAAUGUCUUUUUAGAUUUUAUAGCUAUGGCUUGGAAAAGAAGUUUAGAGAUGUAUUGUAUAAAGAUUUCGAAAUAGAAACGAUAUACGAUUGCCAAAAAGGACAAUUGUAUGGAUUGGAGAAAUUCUGGGCAUUUUUGAAGUAUUAUAAGAACUCUAAUCAUCUUUGUGUAGAUCCUAAAUUGAAAGAACAUUUAUCCAAAUUCCAAAGUAUCGAAGAUUUCAGAGUAGUGAAACCCCAAAUAUAUGAAAUGCUCCAAGCUGCAAGAUUACGCCACAGAAGUGUUUCCGAAAGCGCUAGAGAAGAUACUUUGACGGACGAAUGCAGCAUCAACACACUGCCAAAUGAAACGAAAUCUGAUAGCCACAUGCAAAAAUUGUAUUUAGACGGUACAAGUUCAUCAUUAUCAUCGCAGUUCCGAAGGAGAGCCGGUUCUUAUGGCUCUAGUAGGCUGUGUAAUCCCCGACGACGAAAUAAUUCCGCAUCGUUGAGCGAUCAUCGAGAUUUCAACAAACAGCAGCCUCAAAGCAGACAGAAUUCUGGUUCCUUCACGAAGCCUCACGAGGCGAGCAAAUUAUUAUAAGUCACUGCCAAAGAACGAAUUUAACUUUUAUCUUCGAAUCUGAAGCAAAAAAAAAAGUCCGUCACGAUCAAGACGGAAAAUUUAUCUGUCUUAAAAGUUAUCGUGCACCGUUCGAGGGCAAUCAUCUGAUACAUUUGACAUAGGCGGUGCGAUACAUCUUGUGUAAAUGUAAAAAUAUCUUCCAUACGAAACGAUAGUUACGCAUCGUCAUCUUGUUAUAUUAUGCAUCAUUUGAUGCAAGAAAAAAAUUAUGUACAGUUAUUACUAUACCCUCGCGACUGACAUAUCGAUUGAAAUUGUACUAACAAUCGCUCGUCGCGUUUGCUUAGCCAUCGCUCUUUCUUUUCCAAUAUAUGUAAAUAUAAAAAGAGUAAAAAAUGGAUAAAUCUCGCGUAUAAUUUCAAUAAAGAUUAUACAAGUGAUUUUCUUAACAAUGAAUAAUACGUUGAUGUAAUGAUGUAUACUUUUGUUUAUAUAUUUAAAAAAAUAUUUGAUCUUUUAAAAUGAAACUCCAUAUAACAAACAAGUCCUUUUGACAUCGAGAAUGACGUCAUUUUAUUUUGAUUUAAUGACAUUUAUUUGUUACUUGGAACUUUCCAUUACAAGACAACAUAAUCCAAAACUGAUUUUAUAAAAUUUUAUUUUCGAUAUCUUGUCUUGUAACAAUUGGAUUAAAUUUUGCUGAUUUUAUAUUAAAUUAUAAUGUUUCGAGAUUUUCUGAAGAGAGAGAGGGAGAGGAUAUUUAAACGCUAAUGAUAAUAAGUUAAAAUGCGAGUGUAGUAUUUUUAAGUUUUAUUAAUGUAUUCUGACACAGUGCGACUAAGCAACGUUAAUUUAUUAGUCGCUAUUGCAAAAAAAGUGUAAUUUUCAUUUCUAAGAGAUCAUAUAGUUUUAAUUAAAAAAAUAAAAAAUAUACUUAUUGAUUAUUAUAGGUUUAUUAUUAGACUUCUCCGUAUUUUCACGUUGCUUCCACGAAUACAUAAUAUAAUGAUGAAAGCUCACAACGAUUUUCAAAACAGUAACAAUCGAAAGUCUGUUUGAGAACGAUCUCGAUUCAUGAGCAACACGAAUUGACGUAAUCAAUAUUAUCUCGUUUUGUUUUGUUAAUAUAUUGCAUUUAUUAAUAUUAUGUAGGUAUGAUAAAAUUCACAUUAAAAUACACACAUUAAUAUGUUUCCUUUGUUACUAAGAACGAUCAAGAAUAAACUUUGUUCUUAUAAUACGAGGAUGAGAACGAUCAAAAUAUUCUGAGAAAAAAAGAAAGAAUGAUCGUACAAACGACCUGCAAUUGUUACCACAAAUAAUUUCCGAUCAAUCUACCAGUCGCGACAGAUAACUAUUUCAGUAGCGACAGAAAAAAACAGUCAAAGAAAAAAUAUAUGAUUAUAUUGUAUAUAUUCUCAUAACUCGAUUUUAGUGAUUUAGAUUUAUCUAUAGCUUUUAAGUAAGUGACACAUAAUAAUAGGAUUUGAUACUUUAAGUUUAACAUGUUAAUAAACUAGAUAUAAUCGGCUUAUACAUAUAAAGGGUUGUUCCUCGUGUCGUGCUUUGAAAAUCAUUGAAUAUGAGAAGAUAUAUAUAUAUAUAUAUAUAUAUAUAUAUAUAUAUAUAUAUAUAUACAUGUAUAUUCUGAAAAGAGAAACGCGUUAACGUUGAGAAAAUUUACAAUUGCUCGAUUUCAAUUUUUCUUACUAGAAAUGCUUGCUGUUUUGUAUCUCACGUACAUUAUAUUAUCGUUCAACGUUGUUUUCUUUGCAGAAAAAAAAGAAAAAUUAAAAUGUAACAUAAUGUACAUAAUUUUUAUCCGAAGUUGAUAUUAAAUAGAGCCGCGCCACGAGAUCGUCCACAUGUAAAAAAAUUAUAUAUUAUACAAUAUAUAUACAUAUAAAUUCUUACAUUGUUACUCUUAUAUAUUGCUAAUAAAUCUUAAUUUUACACUUAAAGCUUAUGCUAUAAAAAGGGUAAGGUAUUGGUUGCUAUCUUUACCAUUUAAAAAAUGUAUAAAAUAUUUCAUAUAAAGAAUAUACACUAUUAGGGAUUGAAAUACUGAGAAAAGUAUGAUUAUGUUUACAUAUGUAAUAUGAAAAUAUGGUGUCCUUUGAAGAGGGACUGCAAACAAUAAAUAUCGAGUCAUUGAUUAA